UAAAGGAAGCAAAUCAUCAAAAGUCACUGCUUUUGAUCGUUUCACUCCAACGGUCAAAACAAGGCAGCAUUCAAAAUUCAAAACUAGCCGUUACAAAAGAUUUACAGCAUCUUCAUCAAAUCAAACACCCACAACAUAUCAUCUCUAAAAAAAAUCACUUUCCUUUCUCAAUUCACUACCCUAUUUCAUUUCCUCAUCUAUUUUCUGCAAACGAUUCUCUUACCUUUCUUGGUAUCGUCCAUCAAUGGCGGGUUCGUCUAACAGAUCUCCUUCUCCACUUUCUGCAAAACCCAUUCCUCCUCAUCCAAGAACCUCUGAAAACACCAAUUCUACAGCAAGAAGAAGUUUCAACGGCAACCCCUUUUCACGACCUUCAGUUCUUUCAACCCACAGAGGAUUCAACCCCGUUACACCUGCCAAUAGCCCUGCUGAUUCUGCUAAAAGGGUGUCUAAUUCAGGGAAAGAAGGGGGUUUUGAAGAGAAAGAGAAUGAACUGAAAGCAGUGAAACUGAGGUCAUCGGCGGCAAAGGGUUCAAAGAAUUUUAUGUCUCCAACAAUUUCAGCCUCUUCCAAGAUUGCUUCAUCCCCUAAAAAGAAAAUAUUGGUGGAAAGAAAUGACCCUCUUAGGACUUCAAUCUCCUUGUCCGACGGUAAAGCUACAUUCUUUAAUGCAUCUUCUGAAAAUUAUGAUGUGGGUUUUGAGCUUAGCAACAGUACUGUAAAAUCUAUGGAAAAAACUGAAAUUUUAUUGGAGCCUAAGGAGGAGAAUGUUGUUGUUGAAGAACAAGGUCUUACUCCAGUUGCCAAACCCCCCAAAAAGGUAACAUUUUUGGAGGUACCUUUACCUUCAGAAACCCUUUCUGAUACUGUAACCAUGGAUUCUGAUAUUUGCAAUGAUGAGCCAAUACUGGUUUCUACUUUAAUAGCUCCACUUGAUGCUGAUCCCUCUCUACCUCCAUAUGACCCUAAAACCAAUUACCUCUCCCCCAGGCCUCAGUUUCUUCACUACAAACCCAACCGAAGAAUUGAGGUUUUACUCAAUAAGGAAAAAGGAUUGGAUGUAGUAGGAGGAGCAAAGAGUCUAGAUGACAGCUUCUUGUCUGAGUUAUUACUGUCUGAUAACAUUUCAGACACAGAGGACAGUGAAAGUUCUCAAACUGCUGAAGAAUCGCUGAAAGAAUCUGAUGGUUCUUCUUCAGAAGAGAUGUUACUUGAAGCAGCAGUUGAUCAAGAAGAGGAAGAGGAACCUAAAAUUACUGAACCUGCUGCUGAGGAAAUUGCAGAAGCAAAAAUGAGAACAAAGCCAAGGUCUUCAGUAAUAUCAAAGUUUUUUUCUUUGUUGUUGGUACUCUUGAUUGCUUUAGUAUUGAUCUCAGUUACUGAUUCUCCCUUACUUACUACUACUCCUGGGUCCAUAGACUUAAGAUUUUCUAAUCUGAGUAUUCCAUCAGACAUUCCAGUGUUGGCGAAGGCUAAUAGUUACUUUAAGCAAUUCUCUGGUGAAGCCAUUUCUUACUUCUCAAAGUUGAUUUAUGACCUUGGUAGCAUUCCAUCAGAUAUUCCAGUGCAUCCUUUAAAAUUCAUGAACUUGACUGAUGUACAAGAUAGUGGCAUAGAUCACUGGUAUUUGAAAGGGGGUACUGGUUCUGUGGAGUUGGAUAAAGGACUUGAACUUGUUGAAUUGGAAGAGGAUGAAGAGUCUAAAACUGAAACCAAUGAGGAAGAAGUUCAAAUAGAAGCUGAUUUAGAUGAUGAUGGCAAUGAAGAGGAAGUUGAAGGAGCCCAUGAGUUGGAGAUUGAAGAAGCUUCAACAAUUCAAUUAGAUGAGGAAAAUGAGGCUGAUAGCUCAGAAAAUGAUCAAGAACAAGGACAAGAUGACUUGGAGACUGAAGAAGUUUCUGUUGUACUAGUAGCUGAGGGGAAUGAGUCUAUUAGUUCAGAAAGGGAUCUAGACCAAGGGGAGCAUGAGUUGGCCGAAACCAAAUCUUUCAAUGUUGAUAAUGAUGCCAGUUCUGAUGCUGUAGUUGAGUCAGUGAACGUCAACCCUGAAAGCUUAGUGAAAGAUGAUUCUUCUGGUGAAGAUGCCCAACCUUUGGAAGGGGUGCAGUCUCCAAUUGAUGAUAGAUUUGGAGAUAAUGUUCAGAUCCUUGGGAUUUCCUCAGUUAUCCUUUCUGUGCUAGCUGCUAUAGUUAUCUAUUUUAAGACAAAAAAUGAUAAGACUCUGCAGCCAGUAGUCUAUUCUGAUCAUAUUGUCAAAGAGAAACAUUACUCUCAAAACUGGCCAACGGAGGUUGACGUUAUGGGAGAGUCUUGUCCCUCAGAAAUGAGCAGCUUUCAGAUAAGUUCAUCUUAUAGUAAGAAAUAUCCCAAAUCAGCAAAUGAUGAAGCUCAGAGCAUGGAGAAGAAACCAAGAAAGAGUAAUAGGAGAGAGUCCUUGGCUGCGUCUGAAUACUCGUUGGGUUCACCUUCUUAUGGAAGUUUCACUACUUAUGAGAGGAUUCCUAUCAAGCAUGUUAGUGGAGGAGAAGAAAUCAUCACCCCUGUAAGACGCUCGAGCAGAAUUAGAAGCCAUGUCACCUCUCCUUGAAGAUUGGUUGUGUGCUAGAGCAGAAACCAGAAGUCAUGUCACUUAUGCAUGACACCGACGGAAAUUGGUUUUUUGGCUUCUCGGCAAAUCAAUCAUAAGCAUAGUCAUUCCUGAACUAUGCCUUCUGACUUAACUGAAGUGAUUCAAGUAAUUUUUUUAGGAUAUUAAUGUUUGGUUAGCUUAUGUUUUUUAAUCUUAUUAGUGGAACUUUCUACAUGCUGCCUUAGUCUGUUGAAGUUUCUUUUAUUGGUUGAGGAUUUCCUGUAGCUUGUGCAUAGCACUUUGUUUGACCUUGCUUCUAUAAAUUUUAGGAUGAUCUGAUUGUUGGCUCCA